AUGAUCUCCUACAGCCAAAGAGCCAUCCAUCGCGAUACCGACCGCCAUGAAAAUCAAACCGCACUGCUCAAUGCGCUCGAUGACCACGAUCAAUCAGGGCUAGAAACUGCAGCCCAUGACAACGAGCGGACCGAGCUCCGUUCCACAACAGAGACUCUACAGAUUCCAUGGCCAAAGCGCCUUGAGGAACUCGCGCGCCGCACAUGCACGUCAUCACCUUCCUGCCUGGACGAGGAAAGCGCGCAAAGUAUACACCACCAUCUCGACGCGCUGGAACGCCUUCUCGGGGAUUCACUGCAGGGGACGAUGCAGGAGCCAAUGCAGGAGAUCGUGCGCAGUCGCAGUCAAAGCCAAAAUGAGCUUUCGGCAUCGGUCGCAUCUGAUAUCAUAACCCAGGCGGAAGAAUCAAUACCACCUGCGCCGGAUCAGAAUCAUGGUAUAAAUAAGGAAGAAUUACUGUCCCAAUUGCAGGGACUUAUGAGCGAGGUCACUGCCUUGAACGAGGAGGUAAAUAAGCGGCGCAAGGAAUCUAGCGAAAUCAGAGAUCUCUUUGAAGAGAGGUGUCGCGGGUUGACGCGCUCAGUGGCAGAAUUGGAAGAUGAGGUUCUAGAAUUACAAAGUGAUCUGGUAGAAGAUUCGAUCGAGCUAGAAGGAAUACAAGGCACUGUGCGCGGACUUCAAGACUGGAUCGACCGGUUGCGCGAAACGCAAAAGAUGAGUCGCAUAACGCGUGACCAGACACGGCAAGAGGCCCGGCGACGAUGGGCGAUACGGGGAAUUAGACAAGACGUUGGCACGGAAACUGAUGGAGAGGUUGUUUUGGACGGCCUCACAGCCUGGAUGCGCGGUUGGCGGGAUGUUGAAGAGGGAUUCCAAGUUCGAUCGCAGGCACGACAAAUGAGGAGGGAAAAAAGACAGGAGCAGCACUUGCGGCCGAGAGAAAAGCAGGAGGAAAUGUCUCGGAGAUCCUGGGCCAGUUGA